AUGCUCAUCUUGUCUGCAGCGGUGGCGAGGGGGACCUUCGUCCUUUGCGAGUAUGAUGCCUCACCAGGCUCCGAUGACUUGACGGAAGUCUCGCGAAAGGUGCUCCCCAAGAUACCGCGUACAGGGGCCAUAAAGUCCUAUGUGUAUGGAGGUCACACCUUCAACUACUUGCUGGACAAGGAGCUGAUCUUCUUGUGUAUCGCCUCCCCUAGCGCCGGCACCGAAAUGGUCUUUGAGUUUCUCAGCGAGUUCCGUCGAAGUUUUGAGGCACAGACCCGACGGCUGGGACAUCGCGAGGACGAGCUUGCCAGGAUGCUGCGAGAUCUCAUCUCGCGCUAUAACAGUGAUGGCGGUGGUAAGAUGCAGCAGAUGGAAAGAGAUCUCGAGGAUGUGGCUGACAUUACUCAGAAUGCCCUGGCCAAGGUCAUCGAGCGCGGCGAGCGCAUCGACUCUUUGCUCGACAAGACCGCCGCUUUGAAGUCGGAGUCUGUCUCCUUCCGAACGAACGCAAAGCGCUACAACGAUGACCUCUGGUGGCGCGACCAGAGAGGCCGAAUGCUCCUCGGCAUCGUUGCCAUGGCCGUCAUCGUUGUCAUCACCUUUCUCAGCGUGCAUCAGAAUGAGCAUGUCGCAGCAGAGCGAACAUCAUGA